AUGUCUCCAACUGAGAUCCACCAAUUCAAUCUCGGUCCGAUUACAGCUCAUGCUUUUAAUAAAGAUCGAACACAGGUCGCUAUUUGUCCAAAUAAUAAUGAAGUGCAUAUUUAUCAAAAAAGUGGCAAAGGCUGGAAUUUAAUACACGCAUUAGUUGAAGAUCGUAAUGCAUAUGUUUGGAACUUUGACUUGGUUACCAAUAAAUGGAAACCAACUCUAGUAUUAUUGCGAAUUAAUCGUGCAGCAACAUUCGUGCGUUGGUCACCUAAUGAAAAUAAAUUUGCUGUAGCGUCUGGUGCACGCUGCAUAGCUAUCUGUUAUUUUGAUGAAGAAAAUGAUUGGUGGACUAGCAAACAUCUUAAAAAGCCAAUUAGAAGUACAGUAUUAAGUCUUGAUUGGCAUCCAAACAAUGUACUUUUGGCAGCUGGUUGUGCUGAUUUCAAGGCACGUGUUUUAUCCUCGUUUAUCAAGGGUGUCGAUCAAAGACCAUCUUCAACACUGUGGGGUGACAAACUUCCGUUUAAUACUAUCUGUGGUGAAUUCUCCAACAAUAGCAGCGGUUGGAUUCAUAGCGUUUCUUUUUCACCGAGUGGUCAUGAUUCGCAAAUCUGUAUUGCCUAUGCAGGUGGUGAAACUCAAAAUAUUAGGACAACUGGCCUGCCAUAUUUAAGUUUGCUCUGGAUUACUGAGGAAAAAUUAAUUGCCGCCGGCCAUGAAUGUGUCCCUGUACUAUUUGAAAAGCAAGGUCAACAAUGGAAGUUUUCUAAAGUGAUAGACGUAGGUAAAAAAAAGGUGGCUACCGAAGCGACAGCUUUUAACAGGUUUCACGAUUGGGAUUCGAAAGGAAUACGCGAAGGUAGUAAGGAAACUGAAUUAAACACAGUUCAUCAGAACACUAUUACAUCAAUCAGACCCUAUCAAGGAUCACGUCACGAUAUUUCAUAUUUUUCGUCAAGUGGUAUAGACGGAAAAUUGGUAGUCUGGGAUUCAAAAUAG